AUAAUCAACUACCAAAAGAAUUUAGUGAAAUUGUUCCUGAAUUAAUAGCUAAGUGGAUAGCAACAUCUGGCUUUAUUACCACUCCUAUACAAUCAAAAAACAAUAGUAACUCUGAAACUUCUUCUACUGCGGCUAUAAUUGUAGAAUCUACUUGUAGUAGCUCUAAUUCUUCUAUAACAGCUUUAGUUGCUGAAUCUACUCAUUUAACUAACAAUACUAUACACAACCCACCAACAGAAACUAUAACUAAUACAAUUGCAACAACUACUUACAAUCCAACUAAUAUAGCAUCUACAUCAAAUAACAUCAAUACAAACACAAAUUCAAAUUCAUAUAACGAAUUUUUUAUAAAUAUUUUCUCAGAUCUAAGUAACAUGUCUGGUCAAAGAACAUCUACUCGAGCUGAUAAACACCAUGUACCUAUUGAUAAUGAACAAAACAACCAUUUACAAUAUGAACGAGAAGAAUUUAAUACUAAAAAUGCUAUGAGAGCCAUCAUAGAAGGACUUAAACAACUUAGUCAAAAUCACACAGAACGAGCUACUGCUAAUACUAAUCCUAAGGAAUAUAAGCUUGUAGAUUUUCCAAUCUUUUCAAAAAGUCAUGAUAAUGACCCUGUUGAAUAG